AUGGUUGAGACUCAAGACUCUUUUCAUGAAACUUAUUCUUUUCUUGAAGAAAUUUCUUUAGACUCUCUUCUUCCACAAACUAUUUAUUCUUACUGUAAAAGUCAUCAUAGUCAAUACUUACUUUAUCUUCCUUUACUUUUAAGACAUAUAGUAAUUCAACCAAGAUCAGAAUAUAAAAUUAUUUUAAUUAAAGCUAUUGUUCGAACUGCUAUUGAUUAUGGAGAUGUUUAUACAAGAAUAUUUUGGCUUCAUAGAGCUGGAGGUAUUUGUGUAUGUAGUGAUCCAGUUUUUUGUAAAUUAAUUGAAGGAGGAAUUGAAGGGUCAUGUUAUUUACUUCAAUUAAUCGAUGAGAAAAGAAAAAAGUUAGAAGAUAAAAGAGGAGAAGUAACAAAAAGUAUUAAUUACCAAAAUGAAGAAAUUAUUACAUGGAUUGCAUCUGCUCGAGAUAAUUUAUUAACACUUCCAAAAGAAGCAAAAAGACCAACACUUUAUCUUAAUAGGAAUUUUUUACCAGAAAAGAUGAAUAAAUUAAGUGAUGAAGAAUUAAAAGAAGAAAGUAUUUCAGUAUUAAACUAUACUGGAAAUUGUGACCCUUUUCUUGGAGAAGGUGUUUUAGUAAAAAUGGUAGCAUUAAAAUCAUAUAAAUCAGCAACAACACCGAUAUCAUUAAUGUUUUAUUAUGCAGAAACAGAAAAUGGACAACAAAAAAGAAGAAGAGUAAUGUUUAAAUAUGGGGAUGAUCUUAGAAGAGAUAUGGCUGUUCAAGUUAUGUUUAAUGUGUUUAAUGUUCUUUGGAUGAAAAGUUCAUUUUUAGCUCAUCCUACUGCAUUCGAUCAAAAUACUCCUUGUAAACCAAUUGCUGUUACUUAUUCAGUUGUUCCAACAGGACCAAGAGAAGGGGUAUUUCAGAUGCUUGGAUGUAUUGAAGAAGUAUGUGCAUGUGAAAAACAUCCAGAAUUACAUUGUUGUCCAGAUGGAUGGGAAUUUGAACAACUUUCAAUGAAGAAUAAAGAAUGUCCAGUAUGUUCUAUUAAUUUAAAGAUAGAUGAAUAUUUACCAAAAGAAAUGGCAACAAUGAUUUCAACACUUUCUGGAGGAUUUAUUGCAUCAUAUUGUUUAGGAGUAAGAGAUCGUCAUUUAGAAAAUUGGAAAUUUCAUUUAUGUGAUAAAUCGUUUGCACAUAUUGACUUUGGUUUUGUCAUUAAUUUAAGACCAAAAUUUGAUGCAAAUAGAUUUGCAAUUCCUACAAUUAUUCGUACUUCUCUUAAUAAUACAACUGUUACUCUUGAAAAAUCAAAAAUUGGUGCUUGGGAUUUAUUCGUUCAAAAUUGUACUUCUGGGUUUUUAGUACUUCGAAGACAUGUUGGUAUGAUUAUAAGAUUAUCUAUGAUUGUUUUUGGUUUUGAUACUCAGUUUGAUGAAUACGCUGUAACAAAAUGUCUUACUGACGCUUUUGCUUUGUCAAUUCCAGAAAGUGAUGCUGUGAAUAUGUUAAUUGGAAAUCUUCAAAAUAGUUCUAUUCAAAAGAUGGUUAAAGAUAAACAACAUAAAGUUCUGAAAUUUAUCAGAAAAUAUUUCUAA